CGCCUGGAAAAGCAGGUUAGCUGACUGAUUCAAGUGAAGGGGCCUGUAAAUACUUCCUGCGCUAUCAUACAAACUUAGAAGCAUAGCCCACUGCUCGCCGCCUGCAAGCGUAUUGACAGCAGAUGCCCUCAUAAUCGCAGGGUUGCUUGGUGCUGUGCCUGUGCCUGUGUGCGGAUGACUCAGCAGGAGCAGCAUGAGUUUGGGGAGAGCCUGGAGGGGGCGGAGGCCUGGAUGAGGGCGGUGCAGGAGCGCCUGCGGGUCAACGACAACACCCAGGGGCCCCGCGCUGCCCUGGAGGCCAGGCUCCACGAGACCGAGCGGAUCCGUGAGUCGGAACAUGAGGGUCGACUGAAGAUGGACCGGGCCUUGGUGGCCGCUGAGGUUCUGUUGCAGAAUGGAGACGAGCAGACGAAACACCAGACCCACGCCAAACUCCGGGACCUCAAAGCACUCUGGGAAGAGACCACAACCUACAUCCUCCACUGCCACAGCCGCAUAGAGUGGGUGUGGCUCCACUGGAACGAGUACCUGAAGGCCCACGAGGAGUUCCAGACGUGGCUGGACAAGCUGCAGCGCUCCCUGGAGGUGGCUCCGGAACUGCAGCCGGGGGUGCGCGAGAAGCUGUGGCAGGUGGACCACGCGCAGCUGACGCAGUGCGACGUCGAGGCCCAGGCGCCGCUGCUGGAGAGGCUGCUGGACGAGGCGGCCGGCCUGCACAACCGCACCGAGGACCCCAGCGUGGACCCGGAGAGGCAGGAGGCCCUACAGGAGGCCUACAGCGACGUGCGGGACAAGGCUGAGGAGAGGCUGUUGUUGCUUCAGAAAAUAGCAGAGGAUCACCAGCUGCACCAAGACUAUGUAAAUAAGUUCCAAACAUGGCUGCUGUCCAAGGAAGAGGAGGUCAGAUGCUUCAACCAACAGGCAGACAGCACAGAGGACAAGAUGCAGCUGCUGCAGGAGCUCGAGACGAGCAUCGCCAAGGAGGAGCAGACUCUACGCCACAUCGAGGGCCUGGCGGAGGCCGUGAAGGCCGACACGUCGCCCCCGGGGGCGGAGGAGGUGGGGCGGGAGACGGGCGCGCUGCGCGUGGCCUGGGAGCGUCUCCGGCUGGCCCUGCGGGAGGCCAGCGGCGGGCUCCAGGAGUCGAUGGACGCGCGGGGCCAGUACGAGGCCCGCUGCCAGCAGCUGCGGACGGGCAUCGGGGAGCUACGGGCGCUGGUGCAGAGGCUCGCCAAGGAGCUGGAGGGCAAGGACGGAGAUCGGGAGCGAGAGCGGUCCGAGGAGCAGCUGGUGGCCCAGUGGAGGAGGUGCACGGGUGUGCGAAACACACUGCUAGAUGAGGAGCCACGCACUGAGCUGCUGAAGGAUCGUCUCAAGGAGCUGCUCCACUUCUCGCAGGACUGCAAGCCGCUGGCGGACGAGCUGCUGCUGGCCGUGAAGGAGUAUCAGAGUUUGAAAGGCCGGGCAUUCCGCCUGUCGUCUGAGAGUGAGACAGGGCUGAGGCAGGUUCUCCAGGAUCCCCUGCACGGUUUCAGCCAAUGGGGCCAGAUGGUGUCUCAGGUGCUGGAGGCGUCCUCCGAGGUGUCCGAGUUCUCCCACAUCGCCCUGCUCGUGCAAAACAUCGAGAAACUGUUGAAGCAGAGUGUGCAGCUGCAGGAGCGCCUGAGCCUGCUGCAGGUGAAGCGGGAGCUGCUGGGCCUCGUGUUCGGGCCCGAGGCGGCCGAGGGCCUGCUGGCCGAGCUCAGCGCCAACGUGCGCCGCCGCGAGCUGCUGCACAGCCAGCUGCUGCAGCGCAAGAGCCGCCUCCAGGGAUUAAUAUCACGAACCAAGGACUUUGGGGAAGCUUAUGAGUCCAUUCGGAAGAAGCUGGCCUUCAUUAACGACCAGUGCCUGGCUUCACACAAACUCCAGCCUGACAUUCUGGCCAAGAAGAGCCAAUGUGACCAGUUGAGGGUCCUCAAGAGGGACUUGGAGGAUUGUGAGGCUCACAUCACUGCGCUGGAGACGCUGGUGUCAUCCAGUCCCACCAACAGAGCCAAGUUUGAGUGCCUCUUCGCUGACUGGAAUAUAGUCUACAAAACCGUCCGGGUGAGGGUGAACGAGUGUGAGCAGAACAUCUCGGAGCACGAGGUCUUCCACGAGAGCCUGUUGAGCGUGGAGAAGUGGCUGAUGAUCAUGCGCCAGAAGCUGGAGUCGUUCCGCAGCUCCGGCGGCGAGUGGAGCGUGCAGAACCGGCAGCACGAGGCAGAGAGGGCACUGGGGGAGUUUCCGGAGAAGGAGCAGCAGCUUCGGCAGACGGAGUACCAGGGGCAGAACGUGUUGGCCAAGACCUCUGAGGAUGGCAAAGUUCACAUCAUCCGUGACCUGAAGCGCCUGCGGGAGUCCUGGAAGGCCCUGCAAUCCCUUAGCCUCCACCUCCACAGGCUUCUGAAUAACCAAGAGUCACAGGUCAAAGGUCAGCCUAGAGAGACGGCAGGAGGGGACAGAGGUCAAGGCUCAGGUGGUCAGCCGGGAGCCGAGGGCGCGGCCGAGAUCUCCAGAGGUCCUCGUCGGCGUCUGUGGGAGCACGAGGGCUCGGGAGACGCGCACGGAGACGGCCUGGAGAUGGACGAAGAGCUGGCCGCUCUCUCGGGCCUCGCGGCGCUGGACACGAGCGUCAGGAGAGGAGGAGGAGGAGCGGGCCAGCCGAACCUGUUGCCCAGCAACGGCAGGGGUCAGAGUGCGGACGAGGCGGACUCGUGCGAGCGCUCGGGAGGGGAGCUGGGGUCAAGCGCGGCGGGGAGACCUGCCCAGCGAGGGGGCGCGAUGGUCUGCGGAGACCCCAGGGCCAGCAGGCGGACGGGCCAGUGGGUGGAGGAGCACGCCUCCUCCUCAGGAGUGGACGUCGGGGCCCUGGAAGACGCCGACGGCGAUGGCGACGGCUACAGCCCGGCCCUCAGCCUGAGCGGACAACGCCGCCGCCGACGCAGCGGGGAGCAGAGCGGCCUGGACGUCUUGACCGCUCCGCUAGACGGCCCCAGGACCCGGGGCGCGAGGAGAGACGGCAGCGGCGCCAGCAGAGACACAUCCGGCCGAGACUCGGGCGCGUCAGCAACUCCCACUAAGGGGGGCCGGGGUCCUGCUGACUCGGGGGAGCGGCGGCACCAGUUUGACAUCUGGCUUCAGAGGGAGAGUGACAAGCUCUCGGGGAUCCUCACCAGCCACAGAGCCGUCAGCGCCAAAGAGCUCAAGAUCAGAGAGAAUACGCUUAAGGCCUUGCGGUCUCGUGUCCCCUGGGGCCAGGGUCAGUUCCAGCAGCUGCUGGACUCUCGGGCCGGGUCGGGGGCCGGGUCGGGGGCCGGCGGCGGGCCGGAGGUGGAGGAGGACGUGGAGCUGGAGGACCUGCGGUACCGCUGGAUGCUCCACAAGUCCAAGCUGAAGGACGUGGGCGAGCUGAGGGAGCGUCUCCGAGUGGCGGAUGCUGCCGUUCAGAAGGAGGAGCUGGUCCGAUCUGGAAAGGAGGAGAGCUGCUGCGGGUUCCUGUCGCGGGUGUGCCGCGUGGCGCUGCCCCUCCAGCUGCUCCUGCUGGCGCUGCUGCUGCUGGCCUUCCUGCUGCCCAUGAUGGACGAGGGCAGCAGCUGCUCACUCUCCAACAACUUCGCCCGCUCCUUCAACAUCAUGCUGCGCUACGACGGACCCCCGCCCACCUAAAGACCAGCGGGCCACGACCCCCCCCCUGACCGGCCCGCGUGGGCGACACAGGGGCGACUCUGACUCCGACAUGCAUCGCCACGCCACCGAAAUGCCACCCACCUCGACCGCCCGCUGCGGGAUUCGCUCAUCCCUCUCUACACACACACACACGGGGGGGGGAAACCAAAACGCUGGCGACACUGAAGCACUCGGCUAGGCAAAGAUCCCUGAAGUGGGCCUGUCUGCCGCGUCUGCGUCUCGACGGCUCCUCCGCACAGUGGAAUGUUUUCCUCUCUUCUAAUGGGCUACGCCUCAGCAAUCGGGAGACUUUUGAAACAAACACUUAUUUUCUGACCAAAAGGAUAAAUCAGUCAGGAGUCCAUAGAAAUGCAGAUCUGGGUCUCUUCUGGCGCCUCCUCAAUCUCCUUCUCCCUGCUGGGUGCUGGGCCUGUAUCUGUGUGUGUGUGUGUGUGUGUGUGUGUGUGUGUGUGUGUGACUCUGUGUGUGGGCGAGUUUGGCUCUCCCAGUCCGUUCCAUUUGACUCAAGCUGUUCUGCACUUCUGCACCCACUCGGCCAAGCCAAGUCUCUCCUUUGAUCCUGCAGAAGAACAGAGCGAGAGAGAGAGAGAGAGAGAGAGAGAGAGAGAGAGAGAGAGGGAGAGAGAGAGAGGGAGACCUCACUAGUGAUUCUGUGGAGGACUAAGUAGAUGUAUUAUUCAGCCGAAGACACGCAUUCCUUGACGGCGUCUGAUUCAGGAAGGAAUCCUGUCGGGAAUGAGCCCAGGUCUGAGCCGGACAUUGCAGAACUACGUCUGGCUUGGGUCAGAUCCACCGUCUUGGUCGCUCUUGAAUCGCUUAUUAUGAUAAUGCCAGACAUGAGCAUUCAAAUACAGGUGUUCCUGAAUAUUUGAGUGCUCAUGAACUGGCAUUGUUAUUCGUUACAGUAGUUUGUUUUGUUUCAAAAACAGACGAGCUACAGUCCCUGACAAUGUAACCACCUGUAGACCAAUUAAAAUGCAGAUUUUACUUUGUACUGUAAUGCCCCGUUAGUUUAACGUGCAAGCAUUUCCUUAACCCUAGUAAAUGGCUUCAAAAUCCAUAGACAGUGCUGUUUACUUAAUUAUAUUGUUUAGUUUAUUUGAUUCUGCGUUGCAUGAUGGAGAAAUAGUGUUUGAAUCUCCUCUGCGCAUCUUUUACUUCAUGUCUUUUAUUCCAUGUUGACUUGACUCAGAAUGAUCCUGUUUAGCUUAAGGGCUUGCUCACUGACGUCUUACAGGAGCUGGUUUCAGCUUGACAUCAUAGUCUUCGAUUUAGGCUGAACCUGUCAUUAGUCAUAUUUUACUUCACACCUGUUGUGUUGUGUCUGUGAAGGCAGGUCUUUCCUAUCUCCUGAGUCCGCAAAGCCUGUUUCACCACGCAACACACACACACACACACACACACACACACCAAACAAAGGUCUGACAAAGCGACAAAAUUCUCUUGACAUUUUCUGAAAAUAGUAAUUACGCAAUAAUCCCUGGUGUCCUUUGACAUUUUCUUGGCACCAACGUGCGUGCUAAAUGUCAACAUUUGUUCCUUUUGCGAGUUUUCUUUUCAGAAGAGUGUUUUGGAAGGCCCUAGAUUACAGAGUGGAAAUAGCCCAGUUUCAGAAGAAUGUCCUUUUUUGAGCAGUCUCUCCCCAACGACACCCUGACCUUUGACCUUUCCUCCUGACCUGCUCCCUCCAGCCGUGCUGCUGAGGAGGAGGGACUGUUGUGGACUCGGCUCGUUUCUACAGAAACCCGGACGGGACAAACGUCCACUUAGUGCUGUAACAGGGCAUGUUCUUAGGCUCUCUCGCCGUCGGAGAUAUGAGCUGAGCUCGCUACAAAUAGUUUUAACUCGGUUAAAGCGAAGACUAUAAUUGCUUUUAUUACCCGAGAGUGAUGCGUGCAUGUCCGACAAAGGCCUCCAUUUAGUUGGUCUGCAGAGCCACAUGUGCAAGAGUUCUCUGUCCGUCAACCAUUUGAUGCGUUGAGUGGCCAAUCUUCUGCAUGUGGCUGUGUGUGUUUGUGUGUGUGUGUGUUUACAACUCUAUAAAACAGAGAUGAUGCUGUAAGCCUAAUGCAUGUCUUUGAAGCAAUAUUAAGAUAAUUGGUAUCAUUGACACUUCAUACCGGCAGCUGCUUCUCAGAUGGAAUAGUAGCAGUAUAAAGGAGGUGAUUCUUUUUUUUUUAUUUAUUAUUAUUGAUUUAAGUGCUGUUCCUUGCAUCUUGGGUUAUUUAUUUAAUGUUUCCAUCUUUUCUGAUUCACUGAUAGUAGUAAAAAAAUGGCACAAUUAAGGCUUUAGUUUAGAGCACUGUAUACAGUGUAUGUUAACGCUUGCACCUUGUUAAAGCACGUACCUUGUGCUGCUGCACUCCUGUGUUCAACUGAACCCUUGCCUUUACUGACCAAUGCAAACCCUUUACUCCGUAUCAAUUAUGCAUUGCUUGUCAGGCAGAUGUAGUCGCUCCAACAAAUACCCUGUAGCAUGUCGUGGCGUGGGCUUAAAGUGGUAUCCAAAGCAAAUCUAAGGCUUCGUGAAGAGCCAAGAUACAAGGAAUGUUAUCAAGGAUUCUCAUCAGCUACUGCGUUGGGAAGCAGGAACUCAUUUGCCAUGGGAGGUGUGUGGCCAGUACUUCCCAUAUUACAGGGAUACGGCCUGGAGGUAUUGAUUGUGCUACUUUAUUAUGCAAUUAAAAAAAGAAUUGAUUCCUAAGGCAUUUAAACUAUUGUGAUGGUUGUUGUUAACCUAAAGGCUUGCAAGCUUUUAUAAGAUGGUACAGUCAUUUUUAUAUUGUUAUGGACUUAAUGUAUGAAAUGCACAUUCAUUGCGGAUACAAAAUUGGUGUGUAGCCAAUCUUUUUGUAUUGUACUCCCAAAGAGAAUAAAUAUGCAAUGCAUACA